UUAUAUAAUAAUAACAGUUAUCUAAUAAAUGGAACUACCCGACCUAGGGACUCUAUACACCAUCUGACGAAAUACAACUAGAUGCAAGAAGAUAACGUAAUAACGCGCAAAUAUGGUAUUUUAAUUUCUGUCGUCAUUCAUCUGAAUUUGGUUAAAUUUCUAGAUUCGAGUAAUAAAUAGGACGGCGUCUUGACGUCACUAUAUCCACCUGUUAUGUGACUCAAAUAACAAUUCACCUACACGCCAAUUGGAGGAGUUUGGAGUAUUAGCCAACUAAUUAAUUUGAAUCACAGCACGUCGAGAUGGGAUGAGAGAUCAAACCAAAUUAAAAUAUCCUAUAAGAAGUUAGAAUGACUGUAGUUAGUUUUUCACUUUAAACCAAAGUAGUAUGGAAUAUUAAUAUACCUGAAUCAAAUAACAUCAUGAAUUAUCUGACACGAAAGAAUUUCGUUGUCGGUUUCCUUGCUCUUCUUGCUGCGUCUUAUAUUUUCGUUUUGAAACUUGGACAAGACAUCAACAAUCAUUUGGCUACAGAACUACAGUCAUCUAAUACGGACGUCCAUCGUGAAAACUUCACUCCUACUCAGUCACCGCAAAUCUCAACCUUACCAUUAGACCAAGUGACUCAAGAUCUCUCUCACAUCCCUCAGAACCCAGUUAUUCCACUGGGCAAAACACAAAUAUUUACUGAAAACCAAUCAGAGUCCUACAUCAAGUUCAGUGGAAUGGAUUUACCAAGAGAAGGAGAUUUUCCCUGCGCAGAUUCAUUGGCCAGAGGUUCUUGCCUCAUUCAGCGGAAAAAGAUGAGUGACUUCGAACUCUUUUGUGAUCGUAUUGGGCCUUAUUGCAAAGGGUUUGUCUUAAAAAAGGAUACCGACCACCACCAAACAUUCGCAUAUUUUAAACGAAAAUUAGGAGACUUGAAGCCAAAUAAGAAUACAGAUUUGUUUGUAAAAAGGGAAUUUCUAGUCAAAAAAGAUCGAAUCAAAUAUUAGCAUGAAUUAACUUAGAGUUAUUUAAAUAGUUAUUAGAAAAACCUUCCAGUCUACUGGGGUUUUUUUUGCUAUACUCUCGUUGACUCAUAGUUUGUUUUCAUCGUAUUGAAAAAUGAAUAAUUUCCCUCCCUCAAAUCACUGACGUAAGGGAAAUAGGGAGCAGGUGGGAAACACAAAUUCAGUUCACUAACGACUCACUGAUCUUUAAUGUUAUUGCUUUUUAACACCCGGCACUAGAAAUAACACAUGUUUACACCUUGACUGGCGUAAGCACCUUACACCCGGCUUGUUUAAAUAAGCAAGAAAGUAAUUAUAUGGGUAUUAGCGGCAAGCAAUGUAUAACUAUGCGACUGUGUGUCGGGUAGGCAUCAGACCUUCAGUUUCGUCAAUCCAUGGAACACGCUCGGUUAAAAUAUUCUUCAGAAGGCACACAAGUUGCAUCCGUGUGAAAGGAAAUAUUGCUAGAAAAAUCUUAUUCUAAUAAAAAGAAGUUUGUUUAUUG